CAAAGCAUCCACCAAAUGAAAACAAUGGCUUCACCUUCAUUCAUUAUCUCGCUAGCCUUACUCAUUCUCCUCCUCCACCUCUCUUCCUCCUUCUCCGCCGCCUCCCAUCAUCACCGCCAGCAUCACCACCGUCCGCCGCCCCCAAACCCCAAACUCCAACAAGCUUACGUUGCACUUCAAGCUUUCAAAAAAGUCAUCUACUCAGACCCCCGUAACUUCACCACUAAUUGGAUAGGCCGCGAAGUGUGCAAAUACAAUGGCAUAUAUUGCUCCCCUUCCCCUCACGAUAACAAAACCAAAGUCGUCGCAGGAAUCGACCUUAACGGCGUUGACAUCGCCGGGUACCUCCCCGACGAACUCGGCCUCCUCUCCGACCUCGCACUCAUCCACCUCAACAGCAACCGAUUCUGCGGCAUCCUCCCGCAAACAUUAUCAAACCUCUCCCUUCUCUUCGAGCUCGACCUCAGCAACAACCGAUUCGUCGGCCCGUUUCCGACCGUCGUGCUCUCUCUUCCGUCGCUAAAAUAUCUCGACCUCCGUUACAACGAGUUCGAAGGGUCGUUGCCGCCUCAACUCUUCGCUAAGAACCUCGACGCCAUAUUCAUCAACAACAACUGGUUCUCCAACGUUGUACCUCCGAGCUUUGUCACGAGCACGGCCUCGGUUGUCGUGUUCGCGAACAAUAAGCUCAGAGGCUGUCUGCCGCCUAGCAUAUCGAACUUCGCCAACACGUUGGAAGAGCUCCUGUUGAUCAACACGAGUAUCUCCGGCUGUUUGCCACCGGAAGUGGGGUAUCUGUACAAGCUAAAAGUGUUGGACGUCAGCCAUAAUAAUUUGGUCGGUCCAAUACCUUACAGCAUAGCCGGGUUAGCUCACUUGGAGCAGCUGAAUUUGGCUCACAACAUGAUGAGUGGCGUUGUUCCGAUGGGCGUUUGUGUUUUGCCCAACUUGGUCAACUUCACAUUUUCUUAUAACUUCUUUUGCGAGGAAGAAGGGAUUUGUGGGAACUUGAGCUCCAACGGUAUCGCUUUCGAUGAUCGCCGGAACUGUUUGCCGGAGAAGCCGAAGCAGAGGAGUGAGAAAGAGUGUGAAGCGGCGCUUGAACAUCCCGUGGAUUGUUUUCAUUACCACUGCGGCGGCGUUCCUAGCGGCGGUUCUAAUGCCAUUCCGCCAGCAAUGGUGCCGGCAGCAGCGACGCCACUUUUGUCACCUUCUAUGGCUCCCGGCAAUGCGUAAAGGAUUUGUAUAGGGUGCAACAUGGUUCAUGAAAUACUCUCUUUAAAUUUAGGCCUUAUUUUCGUUUUUGAUCCCUGAACUAUAUCUAUUUUUCUACUUUAGUAUCUAGAUUUUUGUCUCUUACUUUAAUACCU